GGCUUGAUUCUCAUUGGCCCAACUUGAACUAGUCAUUGCAGAAGGGUGAAUAGAAUAUACAGACUGGCCAAGCCUGGUACAUAUGCCCAGACCUGGAGCUAGGGAGUAGGGCACAGGCACACGGAUUGAGAAAAGAGAGGAGGGAAGUCCCCAAAGGUACAUCAAGGUUUUGGGGGAAUCUGGAUAGAUGCAAAUUACAAGUGUCCUUUGAAUGAAGCCAGAAAGUUUAGUGGGAAUGCAGGUGAGAGAACCUAAUUGUGGGGCAGGGGCCCCACAGUGAUACUGGGGGCUCAAGUUCAGGACAUGGGUCUGGUUGGCUUUGGGGCAUGGGCACCAUCCAGAAUGAAAAUGUCUCCUGUCAGCUUUGGUAAGAGAGACACACUGGCCUGAAGAGGAGGCAGAGAGGACCCACUGCACGAUCUACCUCUGCUUUCCCUCCACUGUGACCCUGGGCUCUUUCUCUGAGAAGGCAGUGGAGUGACAGUCCUCACUGCAAGUCUGGGGAGGUGAGAUGGCGGCUGGGCAAAAUGGGCAUGAAGAGUGGGUGGGCAGCGCGUACCUGUUUGUGGAGUCCUCGCUGGACAAGGUGGUCCUGUCGGAUGCCUACGCACACCCCCAGCAGAAAGUGGCAGUGUACAGGGCUCUGUGGACUGCAUUGGCAGAGAGCGGUGGGAGCCCGGACGUGCUGCAGAUACUCAAGAUCCACCGCAGCGAUCCGCAGCUGAUUGUGCAGUUGCGAUUCUGCGGGCGGCAGCCCUGCAGCCGCUUCCUCCGCGCCUACCGCGAGGGGGCGCUGCGGGCCGCGCUGCAGAGGGGCUUGGCGGCCGCGCUGGCCCAGCACCCGGUGCCGCUGCAACUGGAGCUGCGCGCCGGCGCCGAGCAGCUGGACGCUGUGCUGACCGAUGAAGAGCGCUGCUUGAGUUACAUCUUAGCCCAGAAGCCGGACCGCCUCCGGGACGAGGAGCUUGCUGAGCUGGAGGAUGCAUUCCGGAAUCUGACGUGCGGCUCAGGCGGCCAGAGUGGCGACGUGGAGGUCGCUCAGGGCCCCUCGCAGUCCCCGGUCCCCUCUCUCUCGGAGAAGCCGCUGCCACCGUCUGGCCAGACUUUUCUGUUCCAGGGUCAGCCCGUAGUGAACCGGCCGCUGAGCCUACAAGACCAGCAGACAUUCGCGCGGUCCGUGGGCCUCAAAUGGCGCAAGGUGGGACGCUCACUGCAGCGGGGCUGUCGCGCGCUGCGGGACCCGGCGCUGGACUCGCUGGCCUAUGAGUACGAGCGCGACGGGCUGUACGAGCAGGCUUUCCAGCUGCUGCGGCGCUUCGUGCAGGCCGAGGGCCGCCGCGCCACGCUGCAGCGCCUGGUGGAGGCGCUCGAGGAGAAUGAGCUCACUAGUCUGGCAGAGGACUUGCUGGGCCUGGCUGGUCCGGAUGGCGGCCUGGCCUAGGCCAGGUGCCCAGCCAGGGUUUGGAGCACCCGGAUGACACUAGGGUCCCUUCUGCUGCUAUUGCUGGCCCCCUGUCCAUGCACGGGACUCCGAGACCACCCUUACAAUCCCACUCGCCUAUCUGCUGGAGCUGUUGGGGCAGAAUUGACUGCUUUCCCCGGGAGCCAGAAAGCACCCACCAAGCCCGCUGGGGGUGCACCACUGGGGAUUCUGCCCCAGAUACUUUGCUGGAGACAUCGUGUAGGUGACCUGCUGGGGAGGUUAGCCUCACCUUCUCCCACCCUAGGAGAGGGAAUUGGGGCUGGAGCUGCACUUACCUUUUCACUUAUUAAGCGCCUGGCUCUUCAGUGACCUAGGCAUCAUCCUGGGUGCUGCAAAUGUUGUCGUGAGCAAGAUAAACAAAUCCUGUCCGCCCCCAGCUCACACACAGUGUAGGACCCCGAAUAUUAAGUAAUGGAAAUAAAGCGUAACCCCUUUUUUGAUGUGAGGAAUACCAGGAGUUGU